CCGAAGGAGUAAGGAGUCCAAAGGCUGCUGUUGCAGGAAGAGCGGCACGGUGUAUCGGUGCCGGGAUCAGCAGCCGGGAGUCUGCAGGAAACUUUAAACUUCCAUUUACAAACACAGAAAAAGAAGUCACGGACGGUACAGUUUGAAGCACAUAAAGAAGCUUAGCCGCGCGGUGUGAUGGAGGAUGGGAAGCCAGUGUGGGCGCCCCACCCGACGGACGGGUUCCAGCUGGGCACCAUCGUGGACAUCGGGGCGGAUAGCCUGACCAUCGAGCCCCUGAAACAGCGGGGGAAGACCUUCCUGGCUCCCAUCAACCAGGUGUUUCCGGCAGAGGAUGACGUCAACAAGCAUGUGGAGGACAACUGUUCGCUCAUGUACCUGAAUGAAGCUACACUUCUAAACAAUAUCCGUGUGCGCUAUAGCAAAGACAAAAUAUAUACCUAUGUCGCAAACAUCCUGAUUGCGGUUAACCCCUACUAUGACAUCCCUAAACUCUACUCCCCGGAAACCAUUCAGCAGUACCAGGGGAGGUCCCUGGGUACACUGCCACCUCACGUCUACGCGAUCGCGGACAAGGCCUACCGUGACAUGAAGGUGCUGAAGAUGAGCCAGUCUAUCAUUGUGUCGGGAGAGUCUGGUGCUGGGAAGACAGAAAACACCAAAUUUGUGCUCCGGUAUUUGACAACAACCUACGGAACGGGCCAGGAUAUUGAUGAGAGAAUAGUGGAAGCCAAUCCCCUGCUGGAGGCCUUUGGGAACGCAAAAACUGUCAGGAACAACAACAGCAGUCGCUUCGGAAAGUUUGUAGAAAUCCACUUCAAUCAAAAGAACGCUGUGGUGGGGGGGUUCGUCUCUCACUACCUGCUGGAGAAGUCUAGGAUCUGCACACAGAGCAACGAGGAGAGGAACUACCACAUCUUCUACAGGCUCUGCGCCGGGGCGCCCGAAGACAUCAGCCAGAAGUUCCACCUCAGCUCCCCGGACACCUUUAGGUACCUGAAUCGAGGCUGCACCCGAUAUUUCUCCACCAAAGACACAGACAAACAGAUCCAGCAGAACCGCAAGAGCCCAGAGCACCUAAAGGCAGGGUCUCUCAAAGACCCGCUGCUGGACGACCACGGCGACUUCAGCAGGAUGUGUGGGGCGAUGAAGAAGAUCGGGCUGGACGACGAGGAAAAGCUGGACCUCUUCCGGGUGGUGGCGGGAGUCCUGCAUCUGGGCAACAUCGAUUUCGAGGAGGCAGGCAGCACCUCAGGUGGCUGCACACUGAAGAACCAGUGCAGCCAGUCGCUGGAGUUCUGCGCCGAGUUACUGGGGCUGGACGAGGAGGACCUGCGAGUCAGCCUCACCACCAGGGUCAUGCUCACGACAGCAGGGGGCGCCAAAGGAACAGUAAUCAAGGUGCCGCUGAAGGUGGAGCAGGCCAACAAUGCGCGGGACGCCCUGGCCAAGGCUGUGUACAGCCGCCUCUUCGACCACGUGGUCACCCGGGUCAACCAGUGCUUCCCCUUCGACACCUCCGCCAACUUCAUCGGGGUCCUGGACAUCGCUGGUUUCGAGUAUUUCGAGCACAACAGCUUCGAGCAAUUCUGCAUCAACUACUGCAACGAGAAGCUGCAGCAAUUUUUCAACGAGCGCAUUCUGAAGGAGGAGCAGGAGCUGUACCAGAGGGAGGGCCUGGGGGUUAACGAAGUCCAUUACGUCGACAACCAGGACUGCAUAGACCUGGUGGAGGCCAAGCUGACGGGCAUUCUGGAUAUCCUGGAUGAGGAAAACCGUCUGCCGCAGCCCAGCGACCAGCACUUCACCGAGACCGUGCACAGCAAACACAAGGACCACUUCCGUCUGACUGUGCCCAGGAAGUCCAAGCUGACGGUGCACAGGAACGUUCGGGACGAUGAGGGCUUCAUCGUCAGGCACUUUGCUGGAGCCGUGUGCUAUGAAACGGUGAAGUUUGUGGAGAAGAACAACGACGCCCUCCACAUGUCGCUGGAGUGUCUGGUGAGCGAGUCCAAGGACAGAUUUGUGCGGGAGCUCUUCGAGAACUCCAACAACUCCAAGGACUCCAAGCAGAAGGCGGGCAAGCUGAGCUUCAUCAGCGUGGGGAACAAAUUCAAGACCCAGCUGAAUAUCCUGCUCGAAAAGCUUCGCAGCACGGGCUCCAGCUUCAUCCGCUGUGUGAAGCCCAACCUGAAGAUGGUGAGCCACCAGUUCGAGGGAGCCCAGAUCCUGUCGCAGCUUCAGUGUUCAGGAAUGGUGUCAGUUUUGGACCUGAUGCAGGGGGGGUUCCCCUCCCGCGCCCCCUUCCACGAGCUCUACAACAUGUACAAGCAGUACAUGCCUGCCAAACUGACCCGUCUGGACCCCCGCCUCUUCUGCAAGGCUUUAUUUAAGGCACUGGGACUGAAUGAGAAAGAUUACAAGUUUGGACUGACCAGGGUUUUCUUCAGACCUGGGAAGUUUGCAGAGUUCGAUCAGAUCAUGAAGUCUGACCCGGACCACCUGGCUGAGCUGGUGCAGAGGGUCAACAAAUGGCUGAUCUGCAGCCGCUGGAAGAAGGUGCAGUGGUGUGCGCUGUCCGUCAUCAAGCUGAAGAAUAAGAUGCGCUACCGUGCCGCCGCCUGCGUCGCCAUGCAGAAGACUGUCCGCAUGUGGCUCUGCAGGAGGAAGCACAAACCGCGCAUCGAUGGCCUGGUGAAGGUCAGAAACCUGCAGAAGAGGAUGGACAAGUUCAACGAGGUGGUGAACGGGCUGAAGGAGGGCAAGCAGGAGAUGAGCAAGCAGGUCCAGGAGCUGGAGGCCUCCAUCACUGCACUGUUGGCUAAGAUCAAGAGCACAGUGAUGUCACGCAUCGACAUCGACCACGAGCACCAGGCGCUGGUGAAGCGCUCUGAGCAGCUGCUGGCGGCCAUGCAGAAGAAGAAGCAGGAGGAGGAGGAGCGGGAGCGUCUGCGCCGCAUCCAGGAGGAGAUGGAGAAGGAGAGGAGGAGGCGCGAGGAGGAGGAGCAGAGACGCAAGCAGGAGGAAGAGGAGCGGCGUCUGAAAGCGGAGAUGGAGCUGAAGAGGAAGCAGGAGGAAGAGGAGAGGAAGAGGAGAGAGGAAGAGGAGAAGCGGCUGCAGGCUGAGAUGGAGAUGCAGCUGGAGGCGGAGCGGGAGGAGGAGGCGCAGCGGCAGGCCGUGCUAGAGCAGGAGAGGAGGGACCGCGAGCUGGCCAUGAGGAUCGCGCAGAGCGAGGCCGAGCUCAUCGCCGAGGAGACGCAGGUGGACACAGGCCUGCGCAGUAACGGAACUUCAGGUGUUGGGUUCCCAGAGAGUGUGAAUGCUAGCAGACCUCAAAAGGCCAAGCCCUUGACAAUGGAGGAAAUGGCCAAGGAAAUGUCUGAACUUCUGGCUAGGGGUCCGCAGGUGCAGGCCACCAAGGCUGCCGCCGGUGCUAAGAAGUACGAGCUGAGUAAGUGGAAGUAUGCCGAGCUGCGAGACGCCAUCAACACCUCCUGCGACAUCGAGCUGCUGGCGGCCUGCCGGGAGGAGUUUCACCGCCGCCUGAAGGUCUACCACGCCUGGAAGUCAAAGAACAAGAAGCGUAACACAGAGACCGAGCAGAGGGCCCCCAAAUCGGUCACAGACUACGAUGUUGCACCUCUCAUGAAUACAGCAUCCCAACAGCACCCCGCCCCGCCCGUGCCGGCCCGGCACCACGAGAUCGCCAUGAACCGGCUGCAGCGCUACUUCCGAAUUCCCUUUGUCCGCCCCGGCGACCAGUACAAGGACCCGCAGAACAAGAAGAAGGGCUGGUGGUACGCCCACUUCGACGGGCCCUGGAUCGCCCGGCAGAUGGAGCUCCACCCAGACAAGCAGCCCAUCCUUCUGGUGGCAGGGAAAGACGACAUGGAGAUGUGUGAGCUGAGCCUGGAGGAGACGGGCCUGACGCGGAAGCGGGGGGCGGAGAUCCUGCCCCGCCAGUUCGAGGAGAUCUGGGAGCGCUGCGGCGGGAUCCAGUACCUGAGGAGCGCCAUCGAGAGCAGGCAGGCGCGGCCCACCUACGCCACCGCCAUGCUGCAGAACAUGCUCAGAUAGAGUGCCGCCCGCCACGUCCCGCCGGAGCAAAGGGAAGAGUGCACUCCCCGUCCGAGAGGGCAUUUAAAAAAACAUCCGUUUCCGACUGGGGGCAUCCAACCUUGUAAAUGAACAGGUUUUUUUGUUCAUUUUUGUCCUUUUUUUGUUUUAGUUUUUGUUUAGUUUUUGACUUUUUAGUUUUUUUUUUUUUUUUUUUGGAUUUUUUAAAUUUUAUUUUAUUUUGCUGUGAAUCUGCACGGGAAAGUCAGUCAGCUAGCUAGACCUUUUCAGGAUUUUGUAUUUCAAUGCAAAUCUGAUCUUUGCUUUAAUCUUGCUCUACCCUUAACUGAGAUGCCUUAAGAACUCCUUUUUGACAAGGUAACUGCUGAGCAUAGGAAGAAUCUCAAAGCUGCUUCUCCAAAAUAAACCUGUUAAAAAGGAAUAAACGAUAGAUAUCCAUAUUGAUAGUGUUCAAUCGUUAAACUGUCUCACACUCUAUUGUUAUACUAUUAUUAAUGCUACAUGUAUAUGCAGAAAGUCCAAUAAUGAUUUCUUUCUUCAUCAGACCUCCUCAACCGUCAAUGUCACUGAAUGCCGGCGGAAACUUUGCCAUUUACAUUACGUACGCCUUCAGUUUUAUGGGACAAAAUUUGCACAAAAAUUUUCAGGGUGUAAAACUUGAAAUGAUCAGGGGUGAAGAAGAAUGAACUAAGUGUUGUAUUUUUCAAAUUCCUGACAGAGACACACACACACACACACACACUCUCUGCAGGUACCUCCGAGGACUCACAAUGAUAGAUGUGCAUGCCUGAAGACAGUCAGAUAGAUGCACUUGGUCACGUGACUAAAUUUCACUGAACUUGACCGCCUCCAUCAUGUGCCACUGCGGUAGGCAGGGUGAGCAAAGUAUGGCAGUGCUUCCAUUUGUGGGAAAAGAUGUUUUCCUUGUGAUUUUUUUUUUUUUACCCAAGUAACUACUACUGCUAGUACGUUUAAAACUGAAUGUAACUUAAUUUCAUUGCCGUUCCUUUUUCUCCCCAUUGUCCUUCUGUUGUAUGUUUCUCUUUGACCGUUGAUCCGAUGAACACAGAAGGAGGCAGCCAACGGCCCCAGUUCACCCCUGGUUAUGCAGUGACUCCACUCAAGUCUAUCGGCUUUCAGAAGGCCUUUCUCUACCGGUGACCUUAGCAUAUCUGUAAACUAAUUCUUUGUUACUUACCAAUAAGGCUUGGAGUUUCCAAAUACUGAUGUUUAAAAAUGAGAUUUAUAAAAUGAUGCAAUAAUUCAAGAAAGAUAUGUGAUGUCUAAAAUCAUAAAACGUUUUGUACUGCCUCAGAUAGACUCAAUAGUGAAUAAUCUUGAUACUGAAAUUGGUAAGAAAGUGUGCUGUAUGUGAUGCAGUGUAAGAGUGACUGUAUAUUUGUAGACAGAUAUACAUUUGGACCAAGAAUAUUACACAGAUUGCAUGCAAGUCUGUUGUGAUUGAAGUUUGAAAGGAGUGUUGCGAGCUACAGAUAGCUGCUCUGAGCUGGACAGAGGAACAUCAAAAAGCUUAUUAGAAUAUGCAGGGUGUCUUCCCUCUCCUCACUGUCCUCCUAUUUUUACAUGAUAUAUAUACAGGAUAUCUUAUAUAUAUUUACAGAAAGAAUGUAUGUAAUUUCUAUGUAAUUUUCAGGAUGUAUUUUUUGAGGAAACAAUUACUAUGUUGGUGAUUUAAGAGGAUGGGGGUGGUGAAGACAUUAGCAUCUCAACAAACGAACAUCUCCACGUGCAAGCAUGUUUAUACCCCCUGUAAAACAUAGCAAUAUCUUAACUGCAACAAAGCGGAAUGGAGACAAGCAAGGCUUUUUAAGAACACCGAGUGUGUGUGUGAGACAAUCUCGUGCCAGGCUGGGACCGCCUCCUCCAGGCCAGCUUGCUUGUGACCGCUCCGUUUGUCUGCUGCAGGGCACCGUGUGGGUGACGGGAUUGUUUGGUCUCCUCUCCCAGGCCUGCGUCAGAGGCAUCUCUUAGUGCCCCACCUGAUUAUUUCUGAAUGAUUUGAGCACCAGAGUGAUUGCUCCCGGGAGUCUCCUGGAUAUCCCCUGAACACGGACGGUGUAAAAUUA